AAAUGCCUUCCGAUGAUUAUGUGACUUACGCUGGCAAAGUGAACAAGGAAUGUGAAAGGUUCAAACCACACGAAAUGACAUCAGAUCAGUUCAAGUGUUUGAUUUUUAUUUGUGGGUUGAAGAACCCAGAAGAUACUGACAUACGAACUCGACUUCUGUCACUUGUGGAACAAGACCCGAAAAUGACCUUACAAAUGGUGACAGCAGAAUGCCUACGUUUAAUCAACUUGAAGCACGAUACUGCUAUGGUGGAGUGCAAACGACAGUCGUCUGAAUUUGGUUCGAUUAACACAGUGAAAAGUCCUCCGAUCACCGUUAAGCACACAGCACGUCAGUCUCAAAAUUCAGCUAAACCUCCUUCAGUGUGCUGGCACUGUGGUUCGUGGCAUUUUGUCAAGUUCUGUCCUUUCAAGAAGCAUAAAUGCCGUAAUUGUCACCGUUUUGGACAUAAGGAGGGUUACUGUACACCGCAGAAAAAUCCUUCGGUGAGGAACAGAAGUAGUCGUUUCAAGCCGAAACAAUCUCCUCGAGUACAGACCGUUUUCACUACUUCCAAAGUCGAGUUCGCCAGCAAACGUAAGUACAUAACACUAGAUAUUAACGGCAAACGUAUUCGUCUUCAGUUGGAUACGGCAUCAGAUAUCACCGUAAUUUCCCGAACUACGUGGCGCAAACUUGGUUGCCCACAGAUUCUGCCGACCGAGCAUGUCGCCAAGAAUGUCUCUGGAGAUAUACUGAAACUCGUGGGUGAGAUCAAUUGCCAGGUUCAGUUUGGUGAGCAUCACUUCAAUGGUGUAUGUUACGUUACAAACUACCAUGAUUUGGAUUUGCUUGGUCUUGACUGGUUAGACAAGCUCCAUAUCUUUAAUGUACCAUUAAAUUCAGUAUGCUCUAAUGUUUCGUCUUCACCACACAACGUUGUUCCCGGAGAUGUAUCUGAUCAAUCUCUCUUGCAACGCCGUCGUCAAAAGCACGCUUCUGUCUUCCAGGACAAACUUGGUUGCUGCAAACUGUUUGGCAUCCAGCAUAUUCGUAGCCCCCCGUAUCAUCCCCAAUCGAAUGGACAGACUGAACGUUUCGUCGACACCUUUAAGCGUGCUUAUGCAAAAGCGAAGGGGGAGGGAACAACAGAAAAAUUUUGGAUAAAUUCUUGCUGCAUUAUCGUACGAAUGAAAAAGGACAGUUAUGUGUCAGACACACAGAUCACGCUCUAUCCAGUACCACGCAAAGGUCAACUCGACAAAGAAGAGCUCCGAAACCUUUUCAAAUAGAUCCAAAAAGCAAGUCCUACACUCUUUACGGGGGGAGGUGAUAGGAUCCCACAUAUUUUGGUAUUGACUGUUUAAACUUGCAUAUAUGGUAUGUUAUCAUUCUCACACAUUUUGGUAUUGACUGCUAAUUUUGUAUAUUAUCAUUCUCACGCAUUUUGGUAGUGACUGCUAAUUUUGUAUAUAUGGUAUAUUAUCAUUCUCACCAUUUUGGUAGU